AUGCAAAACUUAUCCCAACCUUCUUCAGCUUUCCAGGUAUGCCAUUAUCCUGUUGUAUCAAUUGCCAACGUCUUUCCUAAACUAUCACAAGAUGUUACAUCAGAGAGUGCAAAAUUAGUUCCUGUCGGUGUACCGAAUACAGUCACCCUGCUCUUAGGUCAGAGUACAACACCACAAACAUCAACUUAUGCUAUUCCUGCUUCAGUCUCUUCACAUCCUAGUGUUGUUCCAAUGCAAAUUCCUGUAUCUGUUGGAACACAUUUAACUCCAGCGGUUAGUUGUCCAUCACAUCAUACUAGUGGUGGUCCAGCCAAGCUAGUUGUGUCUGUAGCCUAUCCAAAUCAAGCUGUUGCUGCUGCUGCUGCCGCCGCCGCCAGUGUUAUGCCGACAACAUCAACUCAGUAUAUUUCACCAAAUCCUGUGAAUAAUAGACAGACAGACAGACGCCUGUGA